UUAGGCUGAAGCGUCUAGAUACGGGGAAUCUGGCGCUAGCAAACCUGUUGAACACUCAUUUUAGCUAUUUUUACUUCAUAGCUUUAAGGUAUAAGACAGUUAACAACUGGAAACAACAGACAAUUAUAUUUUGUAAUGGUACAAAUGAGUAAAGUCGAUAAACAAAAUAUUUACUGGAGCAAUAACGUUACUUAGCUAGCUAGUUAAGUGAAGUGUCCAAAUCCUAUUUAGCGUCACCAGUACAGUAUGUUGAGAUUCAGCUUCAAGAAGAAGGACAACGAAUUUAAGCACAUAGCUCAUGGCUUGAUCCCAGCUGCCUCUAUUGCUCCAAAGCCUGCUGUGCCUCGUACCCCACCCCCCCGCAGCCCAGACCCCUCUCCUGAACGGACCAGAUCAGCCUUAGCAGCAGCCAUAUUGUCUUCCUCUCUUACUGGACAGACAUGGGCCAUCCCUCCUGCCAGACCUAGAUCAUUUUCUGAGAGUGACCGAUCAGAAUCAUUUAGAUCUGACCCAGACAUCAGCCCAGGUUUUUACACCAGAGACCAAUGGUCAGAAGCUUUGGAUAGUCAGCCUCGCCUAUCCUCUCCUGACCCAGAGGAGGAGUUGGAGGACAAAGAAAAAAAAGUUGAGAAAGAAGAUGACAGGGGGGAACAUGUUUACCAGACUGUGGGCAGUGAAGAUAAUUUCUCAGGACCUGUAUAUUCUCUGCCACAAAAAUCGAAGAUCACAGCGCCAAAACCAACACAGAUGCCUCACACAAUAGUGCCGUCUGCAGAUUUUGCAGAUGAAGCAACAAUUCAGUCUCGCCAAGCUACCUGUGAUUCUUCUAAGAAGAAAGCCUCUGUCAGGAAGAGCCCUGGCCGCCAAAAAGAAGAUGUGCCAUCCAUGCUAACCACUGACCACCUUAACAAAGACAGCCAAGCCAAAACCCUGAAACACCCCACUGGGCUUUCUCCUAACUUCACUAAGGCACACAGUGAUUUAGAGAGAGAGGCUGCACACACCCCCUUGGAGAAGAACACAAGUAUAGCAGAGAGACAAAAGCUACUGGAGAAGAGACUGCAGCGCCUGGAACAUGAAAUCAGUCAUAGUGAAGCCUCUCCAAACCUCAGGUCAUCUUCAGGCAGCCAAGCAGAGCUAAAGAGUUUCAGGCAACAUGCUCAGGAGCUGGUGGAUGAAAACGAUGCCCUCAAAUUGACAGUUCAUCGUCUGAACAUGGAGCUGAGCCGCUACCAAACCCUCUUCAGACCAAUGUCCAAACAGGAGAAAUCUGAUAUCAGUGGCUUGCCAAAGACUGGACCUCCUCCUCCCUGGCCGCUUGACAUGAAAUAUUUAUCACCUCUUGUGCUGGCCUAUGAAGAUAGGAUCAAUGAGAAGGAUGCACUUCUGCAAACCACAGAGGAGCAAGUGAAGAGGUUGCGUCUUCAUGUGGAGGAGGUUAUUAAAGAAAAUGAGCAACUCCAUGAUGAAAUUGCGAAGAGUGGAGGCGUUAACCUGAAAGACUGUCAUCAGCUACAACAACAGGCCAUUCUGGUUUUGCAGGAGAACCAGAUUCUAGUAGAUCAGCUUGACGCUCAGCAUGUUAAGGCCAAGGCCAACCACAGCAAACACCAGUCUGAAGUUUCCAAGGUGUCUAAACAACUGAUUUUGUUAGAAGAGGAAAAGCAACACUUGCAGGAGGACCUGGAAGAGAGCAGGAGAGAGGUGCAGAAAAAUAUGAGGGAGAUCCAAGUCCUGCAGGCUCGCCUGAAGGAUGCUGUCACCUGGGACGAACAUUGCUGCAUUACUGGGAAACUAAGGAGGCAACUGGAGCAACAGGAAAGCAGGAGUAAGAGUGAGAUUGAGGAUUUGAUAUUUAGAGUGUCUAGUCUGCAGGAGGAGAGUAGAAGUUUGGUUCUGGACAAAGCUAACCUGAAAGAUGAUCUGAAGAGAAUGGAGGCUGAGCUUAAACUCACCAGACAAGCCCACAGAAAGGCAGAAAGGAAGAUGAGUGUACUGAAGCAACAGAAGGAAGAUUGUCUGUCAAAAGAGGAAAAGACACGACAUUACCUUGAAGCUGUCUUUUCUGUGGCUGAGCACAUUUCUCGGGAGAGAGACCAGCUAUUACACAUGGUUUCAAUUCUUCAGCAGGAAAAACAGGGAUUCAUCAGCAAGAUUCUAAGCGGCACUGUUCGAUUUGGCAAGCUUCAGGAAGAAGUCAAACAACAGCCAAGAGAGAAAGCGGUGUGUGUUUGAAUAGGAGUUCUACUGGCAACUGGGCCACUGAACGAAGAAAUAUGAAUGUAAGAAAUGCAUAGGACAUCAUCCUUUUAUACUUCAGUGAUGUAUUCCCUCAAACUAGAGACUAACACUUAUACUGUAGGUGAAAUUAUACCUAGAGCCUUUGCAGUGGGUGUAUCUGAGUUUGAGAUUGUUGUGAGAUUAUGUGUAUAGGUUUUUGUAGACCUUAAAGUUUAAUUAGUCCAAAAACUUAAAACAUUAAAACAACAGCUUUAAAUGGGGAAAAAAGAGUCACCUAAAGUUGCCUACUGUUUGUUUUCAUCAGCUGACGUUUAAGAGCCAGCAUCUUUCCACCAGCAUAUGAUCUCACUCUCACCCUCUUCAUUUUGGUGCCCUCAAAGGUCAAAUAGCAACAAAAGCCCACAAAGAAAGAGCUGUUCUUCACUCAACCUUUUCCCAAAUAUUAUACCAUUUUAAAGCUCAUCCUCCAGAAGACAUUGAAUUGAAACUGGCUCCUUCUUUACCUUGGCUGUUCUGCUUCAGUCAGUUUUUCCAAAGGACAUUUAAUUUGUACUUUACUUCAACCUAUGGAAACCACUGAACCUGCCUUACCCUGCAGCCACAGACUGAUUCCGAAAAUAAUUAAGUUUAUUUUUUUGUUGUCUGACCUUCCACUUUCAUGUAACAUCACCAAAUGCAGCAGUUGACACUUUAUACAGAUAUUGUUUUAUUAUCUAUAUCUAUAUAAAUAUCUGUACAAUAUAUUCCAUAUUUACACCUUACAGUAUAACUUGGUAGGUAUAAAAAGGCAAGAAUUGCUUGAAAAUUGUGGUACUGUAUGACGGCAAAACAGAUUGUUAUUACAUUAUUCAUGUGUAAUUAAAAUUCAUGCCCCUAUAUUUUAGAAACACCUGAAAAUGUUAAAUAUUUUAGCGAGUGCAUUUAUAAAUAUAGCUGGGUUAGAGGUUUGCAUGACCCAGGCUUCUUGACGUCAUUUUUGAUUUUUAUUUUAUUUUUUUAUUUUCUUCUUAUCUUUGGACUUUGGACCAGGGCCAAGUUCUUGAAUAUCUGUAGACCCUCUGGAAAG